AUGUCAACUAAUAACUGCUCUUUUGAUCUAAUGGCUGAAAAAGGCAAGUGGGGUUGUCUUCCAGGGGAAAAGUGUCUCAAUCUCACCUCUUACAUGAACUUCAGCCAAGCCGAUCUGGAGGAUGUGUGUUUGACCGAAGAAGAGUAUCUAGACAAAUAUCUGGGGCCUCGUCGUUCAUCUGUGUUCCUCCCCGUCUGCCUCAUCUACAUGAUUAUAUUUAUUGUAGGUGUGGUGGGAAAUGUGCUAACAUGCACUGUCAUUGCACGCAACAAAGUGAUGUGGACGCCAACAAACUACUACUUGUUCAGCCUGGCAGUGUCAGACCUGCUAGUACUGCUGCUCGGCAUGCCAUUAGAGCUUUAUGAGCUGUGGCAGAAUUACCCUUUCCUUCUGGGGAAGGGAGGCUGCUACUUUAAAACCUUUCUAUUCGAGACCGUCUGUUUGGCAUCCAUCCUCAAUGUCACGGCACUGAGCGUGGAGCGCUACAUUGCUGUGGUGCACCCACUACGUGCAAAAUAUGUUGUAACGCGCACCCAUGCCAAGCGGGUCAUCCUGACGGUGUGGGGUGUGUCAGUGUUGUGUGCCGUUCCCAACACAAGUUUGCACGGGAUUGCCACCCUUUACAGACAUUUUAUCAAUCCUGGCAGGAACAUAAAUGUGGAGCUCCCUGACACAGCGAUCUGUACAGUGGUGAAACCACGCUGGAUAUACAACCUGACCAUCCAGGCGACCACCUUCCUAUUUUUCAUUAUGCCCAUGCUCACCAUCAGCGUGCUCUACAUGCUCAUUGGGCUGCAACUGAAGCGGGAAAAGAUGCAUCAGGCACUGGAAGCAAAGUCGGGCUUUGGUCAGGACAGCUUCUGUAACAUCCGUACUCAGCAGCAGAAGGCUCGCCGACGUCAGGUCACUAAAAUGUUGUUUGUUUUAGUGGUGGUGUUUGGAAUCUGUUGGGCCCCAUUUCACACUGAUCGCCUUAUGUGGAGUUUCAUCAAUAACUGGACUGACAGCCAACACGAAAUCUUUCAGUAUGUGCACAUCAUCUCUGGAGUUUUUUUCUACCUCAGCUCAGCAGUCAACCCAGUCCUAUACAACCUUAUGUCCACACGCUUUCGAGAGAUGUUCAAGGAGGUCAUGUGCCAUCGGCCACACCACAUUACUCCCAGAAAACACUCACUUAGCGUCACCCGGGUGACCCUCCGCAGCACCCUGAGUGAUGCUCCACUCAGCAAUGGAACUGCCGUUGUUGAAGCUGAGGCAGAAGAUGGAGAAGGCCGGAUGAAAGAUGAGACCAGUUUUUCAUAA